AUGACUCAACGAACAUCCACUUCUUCAGCUUCAACCCCAACAAUUACUACUUCAUCUUCUCCAGGGUCAUCUUCUGGAUCCCCGGCAAAAUCUUCUGGUUCUUCCUCUUCUUCUUCUUCUUCAUCGUCACGACGAAGCCCGACUUUGGAGACAAGACUGAACUCAAACGCAAGUGCAGGACAAGGAGAAGAAGAAAAGGAUCUGAUUUUCAAAAUGAUAUUCACUAUAGGAACGGAUGAUUCCUACUAUAAUGCUCGUUUCCAAUUUGGGGGCAACAGCCUCGAUGACGAUUCAGAGACUCCGAUCCAGAAAAUCGGACUUCGAUUAGAUUUGACUCAACCGGAAAUUUGGGUGAUGAAUUAUGCAAAUUUCAUCGGCUGUUCGCAAUUGUACCAAUGGAUUAGCUCAGCUGAAGCUCAAAUGAGUUCAGGCACGGCCACUGCCACCGCGACUGCUUCUUUACCUCAAUCGAUUACAACAAGAGCGGAGUUCACCGAGAAUUGCGCCAAGAGAGGAGUUUACACCAGCACAAGUUUAGCAGCAAUGCCUCAACCUCAAGAUCCAAACGUUGCAAUCAGCAAUGGAGAGAGUUAUAUGGUGCCCUAUAUGAACCAAAUCGUGGCAAGUGGAGAAUUUGCCACUGACAAGAUCAAUUUCAACAUCACCAACGGCAUGAAUUUCGAAUUGGACAAUGUCACAUUUUUGGACGCUAACGAGACCAAUAUGUACGUUGGUGGAUUAGGAUUAGCACUACAUGCAAAAGGUACUGGUUUCCUACCGAGACUAGUUCAAGCAGGCAUAAUUCGCUCUCCAGGUUAUUCCCUUUGGUUCAACAAUUAUAGCGAUGUCGAGCACACGUUUGCGCAAUUAAUCCCCGGGGUGGUUGAUCAGAAAUACUAUAUUGGCGACUUGCACCAAUUCCAAAUAGUACCUCAUGUGGGAUCACGCUAUGCCCAACUCCCGCAAAUCGACGCCGAUUUGGCGGCCUUGACUUUGCCGGUGAUCAAUCUUGAUGAUAUCAGGGUAGAGAACUUGGACUCGGGCGAAUCGCUCUCGAUAAAAUCCAACGAUGAAGCAUUACCAGUCGUUCUCGAUUCAAGAAUUAUUUAUUCAUAUUUGCCCCAGAGUGUCAUUGUCAACUUGGCAGUGCAAACAAACGCAUACUAUUCCCCCGAGGCUGGCCGCUGGCUAGUUGAAUGCGACACUUUAUCGAGCGGCAACGCCACCAUUGUGUUUAAAUUGGGACUGAAUCUAUCCAUCAAGGUUCCAACGCGCGAUUUCAUCACCGAUGCCAUUUAUCAAAACAACUUGCUAAAGUUUGAAAGCGGUGCCAAUGCCUGUUACUUGACUUUUCUCCCCACGGAAUCCUCGGGUUACAGUGCCUUGGGCUUGCCCUUUUUGCGUCACAUCUACCUUGUAGUGGAUAACGAAGGAGGCAAUAUCGCCGUGGCUGAAACUAACAAGUACUUGGAAGUAGACCGCGACUCCUUGCUCAAUGACGACCAACAUAGCAACUUCCAGCCUUUUAACCAAACCAAGCUUCAACUACCGCUCGAGUCCAGUAACAAUACCAUGGCCUAUAUCGAAGCUGGCUCGAUCCCCUUUGCCAAGACAACAUCCUUUCUCCACCCCAACGCCACACUUAGCUAUUCCCAAGUUCAGACUUUGGCAAGCUACGAAACCGUGGUGUUGGAUAUCCCUGCAAGGUUGAGCGGUGCUGUGAUUCGAUCCGGGUCCAUCUACGUGACCGGUUACACGGGAGGAAGUUCUACCAGCGAAAACAUUGGAAGCAUGCUUACUGCCUUGAGCGGGGUUUCGUCUGGUGGUGCUCCACCGAGGGCGAACCUAAUGGGGUUGGACGCAGAUUCGAAACGAGGCAAGUCUGCGGGUUGGUGCUGGUGGAGCUAUUUCGUCACCGUCGCUGUUGCUGGCGUGGGAUUCAUUGUCCUGCUAUGA